ACCAUAUCAGUUGCCAUGGAAAAUUGCUUGUGACAAGUUAUUCAGUGAGAGGAAUCUGUGCCUCGAUCAGAUCAGAGCCAUAUAAAGGUACCUUUAUAUGGCUCUGGAUCAGAUCAACUUUGUUGCCAACCCUCCUGAAAAUUAUAAUUUUAAGCAGCUGGCAAGUGUCCCAUUGUAAAUUAUAAAAGAGGAAACUGAUCCCGUCAUUGUUGUUGCUGAUGUUGUGAAUAUCAAUUUCCUGUUGCGUGUCUCUUUAUUGAAGUGUUUUUUGCUGUGGUUCUUCAUGCGGGACUGGUCGGCCACCCGUGAUCUAUACAUCCAUAUGAUGUGUAGACUCAUAUUUACCACGGUUUACGGUAAUGUAUCCCAUAGUCCUUCACUCUCUCAACUCAAGAAGAGGUCUUUUUUCAGGUCAAUGGGUCUUCCAAUCUGAACAGCUUCCAGUUUAUUGUAAAAAUAAUAGCUGUUGUAAUACAGACGCUAUUGCGUAGAGUAAGCAGACACUGAUGUUUUUCAAAGAGAAAAUUGUAAACCGUGUUAUUAGCGAAAAGUAGCGUAAAUCUACCGUUGGAUUUGUGGUGCACCGGACGAAGGCUUUCCAUAUCAUGGAUACAUUGAUGGUUAAUGGUAUGAAUUUGCAAACACAGUUAAAUUCAAUCAUGGAUGUACUGGCCAAAACGGCUGUUACUGAAAUCGGCAAACUCAUCAACGAGUGUGCGAUGAUUUUGCGACGGGAAAUAUCUCAGCGCACCAACGAGAACGACUCCCUGAAAAAGAGGUGUGAAUUGUUAGAGAACCAAUUGAGAGCUGUGCGGAGCAAUGGCGGAGGAGGGGGUGUCCAAGGGACUGGAACGCAGAAGACCCCAGGCACCAGUGCAUCGGAUGGGGUAGAAUUCUUUGGCGAAGUCAGAGCCAUGGCAGGUGUGCAUCAACCAUCUAUAGAUAGUGUCUUCGGAAAGGAGUGGUGCAUGGAUUUAUGGAAAGAUGCUGAAACGGGUCAACUGGACAAGCGUGACUCACAGCUGGAGGCUGCCAUUCUACAUGAUGAGUCAAUAGACUUGGUGGACGACGAACCAGAGAUGAUUUUAAUCAAAGAAGAGGCAUUCGAAGAUUGCCAAGGGGAGAGUAACCUUCAUAAUGUCCCAAGGAAUAAUAAAAGACCUCCUGUAUCCGGUAAAGAUGUUGGCCAGAGGGCCAUAGAUGCAUCUCAACAUUGUGAGGGAGACUUUAUGACUUACCCUGUACCUUCAGAUGAUCAGGAGCAGCCCAACAUGCUCUUCCGACCUUCCAGAAAUCCUCAUGAGAACUCCAAUGCUGCUGGAGAUGCAACAGACUCUCCGCUCAGAUCGGACGAUUACCCCGGGUUCUAUCCUGGCAACAGUAACUUAGGCAACAGCAACUUCAGCACCACUCAGAAUCAAAGGGGAAGCAACGGGGACAAAAAAUUCAGCUGCUUGUUCUGUGGCAAAAGUUUUAACUACUUGAGCUACCUCAAGGUUCAUGUGCGGCGGCAUUCGGGCGAGAAGCCGUUUGGCUGCAACGUGUGUGGCAAGCGUUUUGCGCAGAAGACGUACCUCAAAUUACACGAGCGUACCCACUCAGGAGAAAAGCCCUACACAUGCAUGGAGUGUGGCAAGAGCUUCUCACAGAAGAGCUCCUUAAAUGUCCACCUGCGUAGUCACACUGGGGAAAAGCCGUACAGUUGCCUGGAAUGCGGAAAGAGCUAUGCUUAUAAACAUGGUUUUAACACCCAUCAGUGCUAGGAGACUAUGCAGGGCAAGUUGUGGCAUUUAAAAACAAGCAAAUUAUUAAGUGUGUUCAACAACUCAGCAUUUUGUCCAACAGAAUCUCAGGGUCUGUUACAGCAACCUGAGGAUGUAAAAGGGAUUGCAGUCUAGUGCCUUCACAGGCUACAAACUGCACAGUAUAUAACACUAGUUAGAUGUGUACUCUGAAGAAGUGGGGUUACAAAAUCUCCUCUGGUAGAGCCAAAGCUUCAGAUCAGGUGGACAGCACCCACUUGAUAUACAACCACAUCAGUGUUACAGUGCUAGUAGAAGUGCAUGUGCAUCAAAAUUGAAUAGGUCUUGUCGCUAAUUUUCCAGGUUUGCAGUUGAUGUGUCAUAUUAUAUGUUACUAAAAAAAAAAGGCAUUGAGAGUAUAAUUCUGUACACUAACUGCCUUAAGUUCAUUUUUGUAUUGAACAGCUUUGGAAUCUUCUAACUGGAUAAGUUCCAAAGCUCAGCUGAUGCAUCAGGGUGCUCUGUCGCUAUGGAUACGGUAACCCAGGAACACAUGCCAAUACAUGUUUCAGUAUAGGAUAGAACUAUUGGUAUAAAGCAUAGACUGUAUAUAUACAGUCUAUGGUAUAAAGUCAGUAAUAUAGGCUAUGUUGAGUGCUCUGAAACACCUUUACUAUAUUAGUUUCAUGGGGCCAAAAAUCUGUUUUUUUUUUUCCUUCAAUUUUUUUGUUUUUUAAUAAAAAGGAAUAUUCCAACAAUA